AUGUACAGUGCGGCGUGCAUACCUGAGCUGGCCAUCACUGGUGCUCACCGCGGCUCGGGAACGCUUCCGGCCGCGAUUGGUACGUCGUCGUCGUUUCCGGGGCGGUCGCCGCCGCCGCCACGGCAGCCGGUCCGACGUCCAUCCGUUUAUCGUGCGCUUCCGUCUGACUGUUGUCCUCGGUACGCAGGGUAUACACCACGGAGACGGUCGUCCAGCACGGUUUGGACGCUCCCACGACGGAACUGGGAGAGCGGCGACGGCGACCAAAACGACUCUAAAACAGCCGUGACGAAGGACUUCCGCACCUGUUAG